AUGUGGCGGCGUAGAUAUCGCCCAUGGAGGGUGGGCAAUGGACAUGGGUGGAUACUGGAAGUUGAUGAGCGCACGGCCCCCCCUGCCAGCGAAAAUCUCGCUAAGCCGCUGAAUCAGCCAUACAAAUCGCCUGCUCAUACAACUACGACCACCACCGACAAGCCAUGGAUUUGCUCCGCGACAGAUCCUCAUAUCUCGCCAAGGACGCCACGGCGCCAUCGGAGGAACCAAUGGAUGUCAAAGGCACACGGCAAACGCCAAAUGAUGUUACCAGACAACCAUUCUCAAAGCAUAAAGACUUCGCACCAAUGUGGCUGGAACACAGGGCGUCGGACGCGGACUUUUGUCCAAGCGCUAUUGGAAUUUUCACACAUAACGACAGAAUUUGCUGCCUUGCCCCGGCGUCUAAUGCAUAUGGCGGUUUCUGACCCUGUAAUUUCGCCUGUUCCUGACAGACCCUUCAAACUGUCUGCCCAAUCAAAACCGCCUCUGCUAGGGAAUAAAGCGAUUGGCUCUCAGCGAUUACUUUUGGAGACCGUCGCGGCCGUCACAACGGUCAUCACAUCGUUCGUGCUGGUCAGCUCCGCGUUCAACCUCAUCCAGAUGAUGAAGGAGGUAAGGAGGUCGGCGUUACGCUGGAGCGGGUUGAAACUGAUUGUUGAGAGUGGACAUCAUGUGGGUGUGACCGUGAGCUGCGGGCUGGAUUGUGCUACGAGGCAGAUGAAGGGUGGAGGUGCGCUGUGCAGAGGUAUCGCUGAGGUUGGAGAUGGAGAGGGCUUCAUGAAUUACUUGAUAUCGUACCCCUUGGCUCCGGUAAUACCCUACGCCUCCAACCCCAUGGAAGAAGGAUGGGCCGACUCAACAAGGGCACGGCCAAUAGAAGUCACGUGA